CCGCCACUCAAGCCUAUGGGAUGUUACUUCUUGGGACGGCCGGCACAAAAGAUUUUUCAGCGGAAAUCGUCUAUAAUCCACCACGGCAAGCGCGUUAUACUAUUUAUGGGCAAAGAUUAAAAAGACGCGGGGUACUUGUUGAAUCUACAUACUACUUUUCGACUUCACAAUCGGUUAUUGGUACCAUAAGCGUCGAGUAUAGAAAUGGUACUAAGACCACUUACACUAACCCUAGGCCAGGGUCCCUUUUCGAGCUAAAAUUUUUAGCGAAGCUGGAUGCCACCGUGGAGACUGACCUUUACGCUAUUAAAUAUACCGGUUUUGAGUAUUUUCGGGUGUUGGCUUUACAACAGUACCAGGCUGACCAUGUGAUACUAACCCCUUUACACAGAGACAUUUCAGAAGUCGAUUUAACCAUCACCGGCCCUAAAGAGGCCUUUGACAAUCUCACACUAAAUGGAGAUCCAUUGGCUGUGCCAGAUAUGGCUCCAAUACAUGUGGCUGACAAAAUAUAUACUGGGAAUGUAAGAAUCAGCGCCGAACCGGCGAAGAUUACUUCAACAAAGAAUAUAUCUAUUUUUAUACACGGCGGAGACACGGCAAAAUUGUAUUAUGGAUUUCCUAACUUUGGACCGCCAGGACUAUUAGAUCCUGUACUCUACGACGUCAAUGUUCGGGAGCCCGCAGAGGAAACUACAACAUCAACACCGACAACACCACCAGAAAAUACAACAGAAGCUCCACCAGCUCCACCAACGACAGAACCAACCAAGGCAGCCAAAGUCAUAUCUAAUGUCGCAACUACUGCAAAGGCAUUUAGUGUCAGCUACGAUCCAUUUAACAUCAUUUGCAGCCCUGACUUCUACGGGAAAGACUGCUCCGAGCCGUGCUCGUGCAAUAGGAUGUGUCGAAUGGACGGCUCGUGCUCGAACCUCAAGUGCAGAAUGGGAACGUACGGAGAGGAUUGCAAGACGGAGGACGUGACGCUACUCGCCGUUGAAGUCACACCUCCCGCUCUCUUUGACGGAAACAAGGACACCAGUACUACCCUGAAGGAUGUAAAAGUGGGCGUAAAUUUUAAAGACCCUACACCGACCAACUCUUUUUCCAUUGUUUUCGAACCAGGGUCUGAUUUAAGUAAAAUUUCAAAAGAAGCAUUUAACAUACAAAUAUGGGACGAGGCGUCACAAUCAAUGGUACCUAUGGCUGAGGAUUACACUGUGGUGAUUGGGGAUGAUAAUACGGCGACAGUUCAUUGGAGAGGCCGAGGGUUGUACAGAAGAUGGAAAUCUUGGUCGACACGGAACAAAAGGCGUCUUCGUUUCACGUGAGCGGAGGCGUACAAGUGGAAUCUGUGCCAGCAGAAGAGGGAGCUCUCAACCAAGCGGACUCCAAAACCCCUUUGUUCUCCCUCCAAGUUGGUGAUCCCACCCCCUUCCCUCAACUUGCCAAGGACCUCACGGACGGUGAUCGAUUUUCUUCCUGCGUCGAAACUGACGAAGCGAGCGACCUGCAUAUGACUUUUGGAGUCUAUACCUUCCUUCAGCGCAUCAUGAUUUUUACACCGGGCAGCGGCAAAGAGUGGAAAGCUGAAGUGGUGUGCUACGAUUUGGCCGAUGCGGAAGUUAUGAGGACCGAGGUUUCCGGCGGUAAGGAAAGAAUUUACCCUGUCAACGUGAAUAUGAACGUGCUCAAAGUCAAGAUCAAAAUACUGUCCGGAAUUCUCAGCAUGUGUGAAAUCCAAGCAU